CUUGUGUUACGUGCUAGUUUCUAUUGUUGAAGUGGGUUGCUAUAAAUUUAUUUGUACGGAUUUAACUCGGUUGUCCUAUCUCUUUGCAAGUCGUACUAAAUCUCGCAAUAAAAUGAGCAAAACAGUCGAUGACAGUGAGGAUUUAGAUGAUAUCACUAUGACGGCUCAAGAAUUACACAUUUUAUCAGAACUUGAUAGCCGACAGUAUGGGUAUCUGCUAUUAAAUCAGCCACAAAAUGCUAAAAAAAAGGCGCUUGUGCAAAAGGCGGUAAAAUAUUUACAAUUGAUGGUAGUGCAAGCUAGAAGACAACAAAAAGUUCAAAAUGAAAAUGAAGCAAAUAACUGUCAAACUAAACAGAUUUGUAUAGAUCCAAAAACAUGGGUUAAACUAGGACAUUUUCAUCUUCUUCUGGAAGAACAUAGAAAAGCGCUGUCGGCUUAUCAAACAUUUUACAAAACACAAGCAGAAAAUCAUUGGCAAGAUACAACAUUUUUAUAUGGAUUGGGAUUAGUUUAUUUCCACUUUAAAUCAUAUCAAUGGUCCGUAAAAGCAUUCCAACAGUUACUAUACGUCUCGCCGGGAUUCCAAAGGGCAAACGAAGUUCACUUGCGUUUGGGAUUGAUGUUCAAAGUGACACAGGAAUAUGAAUUAGCCCACAAGCAUUUUCUGUUAGCUCUCGUGGAUGCAAGUCCCUGCUCAACGCCCAAAAACAUUAUCAAAUUUCACAUUGCUCACUUAUACGAGAUUCAAGGCAAAGUGAAAAUUGCCAGAGAAAGAUAUGAAGCGCUUCUGAAAGAAAAAUCAAUAACAGUCUCGUUAAAAGCAGAAGUUUUUAGACAACUCGGUUGGCUCUAUCACAGUCACGAAUCUCUAGGUGAGAAAAACCAACGGAUACCAUUAGCCAUUCAGUACCUUCAAAGAGCUAAUGAAGCUGAUCAAUAUUCCAACGGCCAAACACUUUACCUCUUGGGCAGAUGCUACGCCAGUAUAGGCAAAGUCCAUGAUGCUUUUAUCGCAUAUAGGAACUCCGUGGAGAAAUCUGAGGGAAAUGCAGAUACUUGGUGUAGCAUAGGAGUUCUUUAUCAGCAGCAGAACCAGCCGAUGGAUGCACUUCAGGCCUACAUUUGCGCGGUACAGUUGGAUAAAUGCCAUUCAGCUGCCUGGGCCAAUCUAGGAAUACUUUAUGAAAACUCUUUGCAAGCUAGGGAUGCUUACGCUUGUUAUUUGAAUUCUCAACAAGGUUUGAAUAGCAAAGGCAAUAGUGAAGACGCCAUCACCAACAAACUGCCCAAAAUUAGCAUUACUACCGUGGGAAUGAACCCACAUUUAACACAGAGGAUUAAUUUUCUUCAGGCACAUCUAGCAAAUGCCCCAAUGCCUAGUAUUACGUCGCAGAGAAGACAGCUGCUUUCUAUUGAAGAAGCCUGGAAUCUACCAAUUUCUGCUGAAAUGUCCUCGAGACAGCAGCAACAACAAACGCAACCCUCUCGUACAGGUUCACAGAGUUUUCAAAAGAAUUACAGUGCCUCGACACCACAAGGACCUCCUCCGCCUUAUCCGUCCCCAAGCGGGGCCCUUAAUAAGCAAUUUAAAGCAGAACCAGAUGCAAAGCUUUCCCCUAAUACUUUGCCUCAGCCCAGUUACGCUUUAAAUCCGCAACAGAUACAGCUACUUAAUCAUUUUCAACAGAAUGUCAAUACGCUGACUCAGCAGCAGCAGAAUAUGAUGAAGCAACUACAGCAUCAGUAUAAUAUUAUGCAACAACAACUGAGGAGUAAUCAGAAUAGACCUAUACCUUCCGCCAAUGCAACAUCAAGGGGUGGUUUGACACCACCUUACACUUUAGGACAAAAUGGAUCUCCCAUAAAUACCACCAAAGGCUGUUCUCCAAGUAGUGGUGAAAAACUACUGCACAGUCAACCAAAUAUAGUACCAUCAUUCGUACCAGGACAACAGACCCAUGAUUUGGACGUGGAAGCAGAGUUGAAAGACUUACUUUCACAAAAAGAUCUUGCCACUACGUUAGCUGAAAAUUUAUUGAAACAAUUUGGAUCAGACGAUAUUGAUGUUAAAGAAGAAGCUGAUUCCACAACACCAAUUCCUCAUGCAGAAAAUGUUAACGCAAAUGCAAACACUCUUUCAUCCGGUCCAUUUUCGCCUUCCAUUAUUGCACCUAAAUUGGAAACUGAAGCAAAGAAACGUCGAAUUAAAUCACCGGUGCAGGAGAGCAUCUUAACUGUCAAAUCUGAGCCUCCUUGGGACUUUGAAUCUCUCAGAUGUUCAGAAAAAAGGCCAAACAUUGAUUACAACAUAGACAUGAAUGCGGAAACAAUAAUUCAGCUGUGCAAAAGUGAAGUAGUCAACGGUGACAUAAAUGGCUCUAUAAUAUCGGACACCGCCCCACCUCCAGCACCACCUGAUCCACCCACAGUAAAGCUAACUCACCAACAGCUCAUACCAGCGACACCAUCUGUCUACUUAGAUAAUAAAAAGCACGCGUUUAGUCCACAGCUCCAGGAGUUUUGUUUGAAGCAUCCAAUCGCUGUUGUUAGGGGACUGGCAUCUGCUUUAAAGCUUGACCUUGGGUUAUUCUCCACAAAAACUCUGGUGGAAGCUAACCCAGAUCACAGUGUUGAAGUUAGGACUCAAAUUCAACAGCCAUCUGAUGAGAACUGGGAUCCCCAGUCUGGAAAGAAAGUUUGGGCCUGCAUUUCCCACAGGUCUCACACAACAAUUGCGAGAUAUGCUCAGUAUCAAGCAUCAAGCUUUAAAGAAAGUUUGAGGGAGGAGCGGGAUAAAACAGCUGCCGGUCUCUCAGAUUCUGAUUCCAAAGACUCAAUGCAAUGUGGCGCAAAGCGAAGAAAAAUGAAUUUUUCUGUCACUCCAUCUUCUAUCAUUAAAAACUGCAAAGAACAGAAAACACUCAAAUUUGGUACAAACGUUGAUUUAUCAGACGAACGCAAAUGGAGGCCACAAUUACAAGAAUUGAUGAAACUUCCGGCAUUUGCUAGAGUAGUGUCGGCGGCUAAUAUGCUGUCACAUGUCGGUCAUGUAAUUUUAGGCAUGAACACAGUUCAGCUGUACAUGAAAGUACCGGGUAGUCGAACACCAGGUCACCAAGAAAACAACAAUUUUUGUUCUAUUAACAUCAACAUUGGUCCAGGAGAUUGUGAAUGGUUUGCUGUUCCUGACGCUUAUUGGGGAGCAAUUUGCAAGCUUUGCGAGCAGAACCAAAUCAAUUAUCUUCACGGAUCAUGGUGGCCCGUGUUGGAAGAUUUAUAUAAAGCAAAUAUUCCCGUCUAUAGGUUCCUGCAAAGGCCUGGAGAUUUGGUGUGGGUCAAUGCCGGAUGUGUGCACUGGGUUCAGGCUGUUGGAUGGUGCAAUAACAUUGCUUGGAAUGUUGGUCCUCUUACUGCACGACAGUAUCAAUUGGCCAUAGAGAGAUAUGAAUGGAACAAGCUUCAGAGUUUCAAGUCCAUUGUGCCAAUGCUUCACCUAUCAUGGAAUCUUGCCAGAAAUAUUAAAGUCUCUGAUCGGAAGCUCUUUGACUUAAUAAAGAACUGCCUUCUGAGGACUUUAACGAAGUAUUGCAGAACUCUAGAAUUUGUCAAAACCAGAGGCGUAGAAGUCAAGUUCCAUGGAAGGGGAAAAAAUGAAGCUUCCCAUUAUUGUGGGCAAUGUGAGAUUGAAGUAUUCAACAUAUUGUUUAUUCGCGAGCAGGAAAAAAGGCACGUGGUUCAUUGCAUGGACUGCGCGCGUAAACAAUCACCUAAUUUGGAAGGUUUUGUAUGUUUAGAAGAAUACAAGAUGCAGGAACUGUGCGACGUUUACAACAAUUUCGUGUUGCACAGCAAUGUGUCCUCCGCGGAUCAGUAUAGACUGAUGUAGGUACCGGAUCUAUGGUAAAUAGCCGCCACUGCCACUUGUAACUGAUGUACAACAUUAUAAAAUAGGUUUUGAUUGUUAUAUAUGUGUAAAAAGAAAUGAAAAGUGAUAUUUGUGUAAAGAAAUUUAAUGUAAAUAAAAUCCUGUCCAUAUUCUAUUUGAAGGAUCGUGUGGUUUUUGAUGCCGUUUAGUACAUGGUAAGCAGUGAUCUCAAAUAUUUAGUUGACCCAACCUGUAUAUAUAUUACAAGAAAUUAUUUAUUUUACCAUUGACGUUAUACAAUUAAUUUCUCAGCAUUUUAUUUUUUCCUUGUUCAUAAUAUUUUCGGUAAAUUGGUUUCCCCAAAUAAUCUGAGAAGGAUUUAAUGUCCAUCAUUCAUUUUUUUAACGGUAGAAAGGAGGAAAUUUACUGUGGAUCUCAAAAUCCUUGUCAUGUUUUUAGGAACUUUUGUGCUGCUUUUAGCUCGCUUGCGAAGACAAACUUCUCAAUAGGGAUAAAAAAAUGUCCACUUAAUUGGAGAAAUGUACAAGUCGAGUUUAUUAUAAACUUGUCAUUCUUCACAUUAGUCUUCACGAAGGGAUUUACCAAAUCUGCUAUACAUGAUUAUAUUACAAGGUGCACCAUCACUCAUGAUUUUUAGUUAAAAGUUGGUAAAAAAGAGGUGUAGCUCAAAGCAAAUAAAUAAUUACCACAAUGAACAAUAAAGGCUCGUUAAGCUUGUAAAUUAAUAUUAGUCAAAAAACUGAAAGCAAUUGGAAUAUUACAUAAAAAUUUUUUUAGUUCAAUACUGCAUGGACAGGCAGAAUACGAAUUAAUAACGAAGCAAAAAAAAAAUGGAGUGCUUGCCUGAACUAUUGAACUAUUUCAUAAAUAUUAAUAUGGAGUUAUGGCUUUCCCUUCAUUUUUUUACGUAAAACAAAAAAUAUGACAAGGUCGCACGGAAUAUGUCACUUCUUAGUUUAACACAAGACUUAUUUUGCAAUUAAGUCCUCUAAUUCCUUUUGAACUGAAAACUUUUCAGUUUAAUAUAUUUUUAUAUGAAACCGAAAAAACUGCCUUCACAUAAAUCAAGCAAUCAAUAAUUGUCAUCAUAGAGGUAGAAUACCUAUCAAACCGAUUUCUCUUUUGUAUUAGAGUAAGGUUUGACUUUUGUGGGAGUUUUAUCGUAAUGCAUUUAAAAAGAUAUAUUUUUCCGAAGCGUUUGCGAAAAUCUUCAAAAGUGAAAAAAUAAGUUGAAGUGUUUAUAUAUAGAAUUACACACUGCCAUUUUGUGAUAAUACUGCCGGAUAACCAAAAUUAUGUUACUAGAUGGAGCCUGGAUUUAACAGUGCCUUCUCCUGUAAUCUUCAAAAAGCUCAUAAUUGACAAAAACCAAAAUAUAUUUCGCAUCGGUAACCAAAUUAACUUAAACAUCAUGUAAAUAUAACCGAUUAGAUAAUCCAGGAAAUCUAGCUCAAUUUUUCUAUGUAAUUUGUAAUAGGAUCUAAUGAAUUCUAUUAAAAAGUGAAACAUGUUUUUAUCAUUAUGAAGUCUGAUUUUGAAUUGUCUUACAUAACAUUUAAUCCCUAAUUGUAGGUUGUAUUUAUAUAUGCAUUAAUAAAAG